AGCACAUCUUGUCAGCCUUGUCUAACCUGCUGACAGGGGAUAGCUGUGCUGCUGCAUCAUGGAAGGAGCUUUGUGGUCAAGUACUAACCUCACCUCCACCUCUGGGGCCCCCAACUCCAGCAGUGACCUGUCCCAGGAGCUGGGAGUGGACACCCACUGGUCCUCCAAGGUGGUCAUCACUGUGCUGUAUGUUCUCAUCUUCUUGGUGGGCACCAUAGGGAACGUCCUGACCAUCAGCCUGGUUCUGAAGAAACACAACCUGCACAGCCUGCAGAGCACAGUGCACUACCACCUGGUGAGCCUGGCUCUGUCUGACAUCCUCAUCCUGCUCAUCAGCAUCCCCAUAGAGCUCUACAACUUCAUCUGGGUCCACUAUCCCUGGGUGUUUGGGGACGUUGUCUGCAGGAGUUACUACUUCCUCAGGGACAUGUGCUCCUAUGCCACCGUCCUGAACAUCGCCAGCCUGAGCUGUGAGAGGUACCUGGCCAUCUGCCACCCCAUGACAGCCAAGAGGAUCAUGUCCAGGAUGAGAACCAAGAAGAUCCUGUCUGCCAUCUGGAUCACCUCCUUGGUGUUUGCAAUGCCCAUGGCAUUUAUUAUGGGAGUGAAGUACAAGGGCACAGAUACAGAUGGAGAGCCAGACCCAUCAUCCCUAGUGUGUACCAGCCUGGUAUCUACUGCCACCCUGAAAGUCUUCAUCCAGGUGAAUGUAUUUGUGUCCUUCCUACUUCCAGUGGCAGUCAUUGCCCUCUUGAAUUGUGUGACAGUUGGUCAACUCGAGUCACUGAGGUCCCGCUCUUGUCUGUCGUUGCAUUCGUCUUGCAUAGUCCCUCGGAAUUCUCAGAAAGCUUGUGAGACCCCAAAUAUUGCUUCAAAUUCCCCCAGACUGAAAAAGGACUCCAUCAGUGGGACAACCUGGAAGAAUAAUCUCACAGUCUCCAGUGAACCCAACCGCAUACAGUCUCUUCAACACAGCAUUUACAUGCUCAGAGCCAUUGCCAUAGCAUAUGUUGUGUGCUGGUUACCCUAUCAUGCCAGAAGACUGAUGUUUUGCUAUGUACCAGAUGAUGAGUGGUCUGGAUUUCUCUAUAAUUUCUACCACUAUUUCUACAUGCUGACUAAUACCUUGUUCUAUGUCAGCUCGGCCGUUAAUCCCAUUCUCUAUAACGUGGUCUCCUCUUCCUUCAGGCAGCUGUUUUUCGAGACACUAGACUUUUCCUGCAGCAAACCGAAUGUAGCACUGUCGGUGAAGCAAACAACUCACACUCUCAAAACUAGCAGUUGUGUUAACUGAUUUCCUAAUGGGAAGAGAGGACCAUCCGUAGGAAUUUCCAUGGUUAUGUGAAGUGGCGCACAUUGCAUGCUACCAAGAAGAAACUCACUGUUUGAAAGCCCUGUGUGUAAUGGUGUAAUAUACACA